AAUUUUGUUUAAAAAAUGAGUCUUGAUACAGAAAAAUUGUUAUAAAAUAUUACUAGUAUUUUCUUGAGGUGUUUUUAUCAAUUUGAGCUUUUAGUUGUGGAUUCUUGAUGAUGCUGUGAAGAUUGGUACUUUCUGGGAUGCCAAGUUUCAUUUCUCAGAUACCAGUUUCAAAUCACAUGGGCACCGAAGGGAACAAUACAAAUACUUCUCGAAUGUCUGAAUUUGGGGUGCUUGAGCAAUAUCUUGGAUUCCGUAUUGGAGAUGGUUCUAAUGCUAAUCGAAGUCCCCUAUUUAAUUCAACAUCUGCAACUAAUCCAGCAGUGGGCUUUGACGUCUCUGGAACCAUCAAUAGGAAUUUAGCCCCUUCAAAUACAAGUUUGUCUGCUGCUGCUCCGGGAUCUCAGAUAUUACAAUUGCAAUCAAGUGUAGUUCCUGUAUCCUCUAAUCCUGAGAAUUGGGGCGAGUCCAACUUGGCCGAUUCUGGUUCUCGCACUGAUACUUCAACUGACAUGGAUGGAGAUGAUAGAAAUCAACGGAUUGAGACAGGUCAAUCCAGGACUAUUGCAGCUUCUGAUUCCAGUGACAAAUCAAAAGAAAAAGUCUUGGAUCAGAAGACAUUACGAAGACUCGCACAAAACCGUGAAGCUGCUAGGAAAAGUAGAUUGAGGAAAAAAGCAUAUGUUCAACAGCUGGAGAAUAGCCGUCUGAAGUUAUCGCAGUUGGAACAGGACCUUCAGCGAGCACGUCAACAGGGGAAGUACAUUUCAAACAUGGGAGAUCAAUCAAACGGAGUGGGUGCCAGUGGGACCUUAGCAUUUGAUGCAGAAUAUAGUCGAUGGUUAGAAGAACACAACAAGCACAUCAAUGAGUUGAGGAACGCUGUUAAUUCACAUGCAAGUGACCCUGAACUGCGAAGUAUUGUGAAUAACGUCACUGCACAUUUUGAUGAGGUUUUUAGGGUGAAAGGAAAUGCAGCCAAGGCGGACGUAUUCCAUGUCUUGUCAGGGAUGUGGAAAACCCCUGCCGAGCGGUGUUUUAUGUGGAUUGGUGGCUUCCGCCCCUCGGAACUUCUUAAGCUUCUGGUCACUCAGUUAGAGCCUCUGACCGAGCAACAGUUAGCUGGCAUUUACAACUUGCAGCAGUCAUCCCAUCAAGCUGAAGAUGCUCUCUCACAAGGUAUGGAGCAGUUGCAACAAUCUUUGGCGGAGACGUUAGCCAAUGGAUCUCCUGCCACUGAAGGGUCAUCAGGAGAUGUUGCUAAUUACAUGGGUCAGAUGGCAAUGGCUAUGGGGAAACUAGGGACUCUCGAUGGUUUUCUCCGUCAGG